GAGAAAGGAGAGCAAGCAAGACGGACCAUUCAUUGACAACAGCCUUUAAAACGCAUCUAGUAUGUCAGCAAACGACAAAUUUGCAGAAGAGUUCCUGCAGGCUCACAAUGAAUACCGUGGGCAGCAUUUAGCACCACCUCUUACACUGAAUCCCAAUCUAAAUCAUUCUGCUCAGGCAUGGGCUGAGAACCUGCUAUCGAUCAGAACCCUAAAACAUAGCAAUACCACCCAUGGAGAGAACCUGUACUAUAAAUACAGCUCACCACCCAAAAAAAUUACAGGACGUGUAGCGGUGGACAACUGGUACAGUGAAAUUAAGAAAUAUGACUUCAAGAAACCAGGAUUCAGCUCUGGAACAGGCCACUUCACACAGGUGGUAUGGAAGGACUCUAAGGAGCUGGGUGUCGGGGUGGCCACAGAUGGGACUACAACCUUUGUGGUGGGCCACUAUUCACCAGCAGGCAAUAUCAACAAUCCUGGCUACUUUGAGAAGAAUGUCCUACCUGUCCAUUAAUAUGUAGUAUUGCAUACAUAAUUAACACAAAAUAAACAUUC